UUCAGCAGCUGACUCGCUUCACAACUCCUCCACGCUCUGAAGCAGAACCCAGCUUCAGUGUUGGAAGUCCCGAAUUCUACCCUGUGGUCUCCGGUCUGAUUUCCAGCUCCUCAAUGACCACCACAACCACCACCAUCACAAAGUCUCCCUCUGUGGGGCUAAAGAAUGAAGGAGAGACAUUAGAAAAGAUUCUCCAACAACUGGGAGAAACCAUCCGCCCCGAAAUGAAGGAAGAUAUACAUGACCCCAGCUACCAGGAUGAGGAGGGGCCCCCGCCCAAGCUGGAGUACGUCUGGAGGAACAUCAUCCUUAUGGCCCUGCUGCACCUGGGAGCCCUGUAUGGGAUCACGCUGGUUCCCUCGUGCAAGGCCUACACCUGGCUCUUCGGUGAGCAGCUCCUCUUCCUUGCCUUGAGCCAGUGCUCUUGGUUUUUCCCUUUUCCUUAAUGAAGUCCACUCUGA